CAACUUAUUCUGUCAUGAGUAAAAGUGGUUUCUGAAGCAGUAAAAUUCUUUUCCGUGGACUUUACACACCUAUUGACACCUGCUCUGUCAUGAUCAACAAAUCAAAUAUCCUUUUAAGACUUUAAUAUGCUUUAAAACGUGUUGAAUCUGAAGUUAUUGUCACUGCAAGAGCUCAUCCACUGUGAAUUAUGAUGUCUUGCUUUGUUUUAAAAGUCUGAAAAGUAUCUAAAAAUCUGGAAGAAUGCUUCCCCCUGCUGGCAGAAACCACACACAUUUGCCAACAUUUAGGAAUGUACUUGUUCAGCCCCGCAGAAACACACACACACUGAGCUCUGCCCUGGAGGUGCUUUGCCUGCUGGUACUUUCAGGGAGGUUCACAGGCUGGGUGGGGCACUCAAGGUGUGUCUUCUUUUUUAUUGACUCACUGUCUGUAGCGACUGAUACUCGGGAGUAAAGUCCGCCUGUCUUGACAAGUGACAGCACAAGUCUAGAAAGAGACAAGUAUCUUCAGGUCGGAGUUUUAACGACACUCUCCACUCUCUCGACUGUCACUCACUCGGACGUUAAACCGUCGGUUGGGUCCAGCUUCCUCGCGCGGACUACCGUUAAAAGCCGUUAAAGGGCUUUUUCAAAAAUGGCGAAUGUUUUAAUUUUCAACGUAUUCCUGGUGUUGGUAAGUACUUCCACUUUUGUUUUAUAUUCUUUGUGCCAAAACAAAAGUUUACCCUAUACAAAUGUGACCCUAGACCUUCUUUGUAAAUUAUCUUAGUUAAAGAGGGACUGAUUUAGCACGGGCACCAUUCUCAUUAUAACACCAGUCCGGUAUUUGCUAGUUUAAACUCACUCGGAGGUCCAUUUCCUACUUCAGAUCCUGUCCGGUGUGGAGUCUUGUUUCAUGCCGAGCUCUCAGUACGUGAAUGUGCCACAAACUAUUCCGUCUGGGAAAUACAUCACAACAGGUAGCCCAUGUAACAAUUUAUUUUUUCUACGUGAAGUCAUUUCCUUGGUCUUUACCUUGUAACGCCGAUUUUACCUUUCUCGAUAUUUCAGUUGAAGUUGGCGACUGCGACACCAAAACAAUACACUUCACCGUAUAUGAUCCCAGCUUUGUGAUAUACAGAAAUGGGACAGUCGUGGCUGUUAAUACCAUGUCAGUGACAACAGAGAAGACAUUAGCUGUGUAUGUAGGAGACAACAUGGGCCAGGAGAGAAUAAUUGUAGUGCAUCUCUCCAGCAGCGAAAUACAAAGACAAAAGGUAAGGUUGAGUCCGAAGAUGAUAGGCUACUGUACUUUCAAAGUGGGAACACACGGUUUGAAUGGUGAUAUAUGUUCUUACAUGUUACAGCGAACAAAUACAGGCUUCCUGAGGCGCUCCAAAAGGCGAUGGAGUCCCCCUCCCUUCAACAUAAUAGAGGAGGAGUCUGGACCCUAUCCUCAAGAGAUUGAAAAGGUAAUCUUAUUCUGCACACUGUAGGCUUGAUUUUGUGUAGUAUUAUUUGCAAAGCCCAUCAACAGAUGAUCUCUUCCCCUCUUGCAGGACUUGCCUCUCUUUUCUCCAUUGUACAUUUUUUUCCCCCACAUUAUUUCAUUCCCACACCCAGACACACCUUGUCUUUGAACAUUUUUGGCUGACUAAAUGCAAUUAUUAAUUCACCUGGUUUGUCCUUGCCUGCAUUUCCGGACUGUCUUUCAUUCAUUCCUAUUUUAUUGUAUUUACAGUUUUACAAAAUAUUAAAGGAAUAAGACAAGCCUUUUUAGAUUGUGGUUUUGUGUUUGUGUUCCUGUUGCAGAUUGUGUCAGACUCAGCAUCUGAUCAGGAGGUGUACUACACCAUCAGCGGACCUGGUGUGGAGCUUCCCCCAGUGGGAUUGUUCACUCUGGAUAAGUAUUCUGGGAUGUUGUCUGUGAACAGAGCAGUGGAUCGCGAGCAGUUCUCAAAGUUUGUGGUAAGUGAUUUUCACACUGAUUUAAAUAGAAACACUUGGUUUGGGAAAUGUUGUAUUUCUGCUACAAAAUUGUCCCAUAAAACAAAUGAAUACAAAUCUUGUCAGUUGAAAUCGGAGCGUGAAGAAAUAUAGCCAUUUCUGAAUUUAAUAACUUUUUCUCUUCAAUGAAUUUUUGUGUCAGCCUUUUGAAAAUAAUUUUUUCUCUCAUAGAUAACAACCAGAGUAUUCAACAGAAUCUCAAAUAAGGAGACAGACCUGCCUUUGGACAUUGCAGUCGUCGUUGAUGAUAUAAAUGACAACGCUCCGACGUUCAAAGACUCGAUGCAGUUCACUGUGCCUGAGAAAAGUGCAGUAGGUCAGGAACAUGAAAUAUAAUAUAGUCUCUAAAUGUAACUCUAAAUGCGAGGCAGUCAUAAACUCCAAACUGUAAAACCACAGAUACAUUCGUGGGGCUGGUGAACGCUACGGACAGAGACGAAGUGGGAUCCCUACACGUAAAGAUCAAGUACUCUCUUUUGACUGGGUUGGACCUAUUUAAGAUCCACCCAGUGACAGGCGUCAUCACCACAAAAACUAACACAUUGGACAGGGAGGUAAGGACCACAGUAUUCAUAAUUUACAGACACAAAAUAACUCGAAAUUUCACUUUGCAAGUUCUGUACUCUGGUUUCGCAUCAAAUUGAUAUUUUUUUUUUAUCUGUAGGCAAAGGAGAAGCACAUGGUGACCGUACAAAUCAAAGAUAUGGACGGUGCAGUUACCGGUCUGUUCAACACAGCAACAGCAACCAUUACCCUGUCUGAUGUCAACGACAACCCACCGACUUUCUUGAAACCAACUGUAAGCACUUACCAAGUUAAAAGCUGUUUUUAAAUCUUUCCUAGACCGAUUUUUCUUCUUGAAUUGUUAAAACUUUUUUUUCUUUUUAGUAUGAGGCCAAUGUCAAUGAAAAUGAAAAGGAAAAAUGUAUCCUCCGAAUUCCCGUUGAGGAUAAGGAUUUGCAAAACACAGCGAACUGGAAUUCAAAAUUUGUCAUCACCAAAGGAAACGAGAAUGGGCACUUCAGAAUCGACCGAGACCCCAAAACAAAUGAAGGGCUUUUGUGUGUCUCAAAGGUAGGACUGCAUAUCAUUACCACAAUGAAGAAGGAAGUAUUAUUUAAAGUACAACUUUAAAAUAUGACAUAAAAGUUUAAUUAUAAUGUUAUUUAAAGGAUCUCUAGCAGGGCAAUUGACAGAUUUGUGCUAAUAAUAAACUGUCUUCCUGUUGUUACAGCCCUUGGAUUUUGAAAAAACUCCCAAAGUCAAUCUUGAGGUGAUGGCAAAGAAUGAAGCUGAACUGAAAGGCACAAGCGCUCAGUGGAAGUCCAUCCCAGUGAGUGUUGCUGUGAAUAAUGUUGAUGAAGGCCCAGAAUUCACAGCUCCUACAGUGCGCUUCAACGUAAAGGAGAACUCAGCAAAUGGCACUAAGAUCGGGAUUUAUGAAGCUGUGGAUCCAGAGACCAAGAGCAGUGAUGGCAUCAAGUAAUCACUCUUAAUUUAUGUUUGAUCAAAAGUGCUGGUUGAGCUGCCAAUUUAUACAUUUGCAGGAAAUCCUUAAGAUCCCAACUCAAGUCUCAGCUAUCUCUGUCUAACACUGGAGGGCAGACUUACACUGCAGAAUCUAAGGAUGUGCUUCUUACUCAUUUUUUCUCAGGUAUUACAGGUCCAUAGAUCCAGGCUCCUGGAUUGACAUCAACAGGGACAAUGGAGAGCUGAGGGUUGCAAACACUAUUGACAGAGAGUCCCCGUUUGUUAAGAAUGGAGAGUACCCUGUCAUUGUGAAAGCAGUUGAUGCAGGUAAGUAGCUUGUGAAUGCUACACCUCUCAUUCCCUCUUUAAAACAACUACUCAUAAAACUCAGUCUGUUAUUGUAACAAAAGAAGGCUCCUGCGUUGGGAUAAUAGCACAAGCGUAAUACUUUUUACCUGUGCUGCCUGUAUUUACUGAACCUGAUUUAACAUAUCCAUACACAAAUUACAGGUUUUGACAUGAUACCCAUCCAAAGUCUUCACUGUACAAAAGCUGGCUUUCUUAGUUGGGUUUGGCAAAUUAUUCAUCACUGUGUCACUAAAGAGGCUGUGAUUUAAAAAGAAGUGUCUUGUCCACAUGUCACAUCACCAAAGACACCCAUAUUAUUUGUCAUAAGACUUCAAACAUUUUGAUGGUAUUGUUAUUCCAGCCAAAAGUUAUUAAGACACUCAGCCCCACCCUCUCCAGUAUCUGUCUGAACAAACUUCUUUGGUGUCUCCUGAGAACACCUGUUGACGAAAUCCGAUGUGAUUAGUCGUUCACAAUGAGUCAUAGUUCCCUGGUGCUACAGUGAAAAUUGGGCUCCUUUCCCAGGUACCUGUUGGAGUUUGAAAUUUCUUCAGAGGUGGCUUCCAAGUGCAGCCAGUUAGGCUAGUCUUGUUUUUUCUUGGUACUUGCAUGACCUUAUCUGUUUUCCACAAGUACUGAUGUAAUUCUGGUGUAUUUCUCAGGUUCCAAAACAGGCACAGGAACAAUCAUCAUUGAUAUAGAGGAUGAAAACGACAACAAGCCAACAAUUCCCGGCUCAGAGCUGGUUUUGUGUGAGAAGCAGGGAGAAAUGGGCUCUGUGCUGGUUGUGGCCGAAGACAAAGACGAGAGUCCCUUCUCUUCACCUUUCAGCUUUAGUCUACCAAGCAAUGACGGCACAUGGUCCUUGACGAAAGUGAAUGGUAGGUAUUUUUAUUUGACCUGUUGGCUCUAAAGAAGAAUAUUCAUGGAUAAAUAACUUUAUCCAUACCACAUAGUCAAACACUGAAUGUGGAUUCCUGACUAAAACUGCAAAGCUUUAUUUUAAUGUUUAUAGAAACAGUAAUAAAACUUCAGACUACUUACACCAAGAAAUUCAAUCAAUGGUGAAAUGAGAUCCUGUGAGGAGUUUUUUUUUUUUGACAUUUAUCAAAGAGACUGAAAUGUACACUGACGUCUUUCUGCUAUACAUGAAAGCAAAUUUAUUUUGUAAUGUUUAAUGCCUGAAACUGCUGCUGAGGGGUAGACAUCAACAGAGAAGGUGCAGAAACAUCCUCUUAUGUAUGGUACCCACAUUUAAUAUUUAAAAUGAGUGAUAAAAAUGACCGUCAAAAGUCAUUAGGAUGAGAUAUUAUGUCUGACAUCACUUCUUAAGCAUGUAGAGAACAAAAAACAAGCAAUGACUGCUUCGUCCACAGAGGGCGCCAAACUUGAUACAAACCAAAAGUUUCUUACAGGAGCUUUAAUUAAAAAAAAAAAAAAAACAACAACAACACUUUGGUGUACUCCAUUUGGACCCAAAGUCCUGCUGUCAAAGCAUAAAUUGAUAAGUGUUGAUGCAGAAACAUGUACAUUUUAAAAAUCACAUUUAAAGAACUUUGUGAUCCUUCUCUACAGCUGUCCAAUAAUAGCACAAGAAUAAACCCAUAAUUGAGCUCUAAAAAUGAAGCAAAGUGGUAACUAAAAUGUCAAGAAUGGUACUUCUGUCAUAGUGACUGGUUACUUUCCCACUCUGGAAAGAUUACUCAUAACUAACCAUGUUGACAACAUGUAACAUAAAACAAAUUUAAAACAGUUUAACUGAUUGUUUGAGUCUACCUAGUAUGUGCUAGGUAUAUUGAAAGCAUGGAAGGUAGAGAUGGACUGAUUAUUUGGGCCAUGCAUAUCAACAAUCAAUCAAAAAAAUAGUAAUGGACAAUCAUUUAUGGAUACAGAGUUUAGAAAUUCUGAAUCAUAAAUUCUGACAUCAUUUUUUUCUAUACUCUGUGUUUUUACAUCGUCUUAUAUUGUCUGGUUGUGUUGCUAAUUCUCGGGCAGCAAAAAUCUAAUCAGAUUUUAAAUGUGUGUUUCCUCCUUAGACACAACAGCUACACUGAAGCAACUUAAGGAGCUUCCUACAGGAAUAUACAAAGUUCCCAUCGAUGUCAAAGAUCUGCAGGGUUAUGGUGAAGAACAGAUCGCCAACGUAAGGAUAUGCCAGUGCAGGAACGGGGUCUGCUUGGCCAAGGAAAGAAAUGUGUCAUUAGGACCAAUGGGUAUACUGGCCCUGCUGCUGCCUCUGGCCCUCCUCCUGCUGCUCUGUGAGUAACUCCACUUUUCUAUACUUGUUGAAUUGUUCAGGCGACUGUGUGGAUGAUAAAACAUGUAUUAUAUAGUAUUAUACAGCUUAUUCUGCUCACUUAUAUGAUGUCCUCGUCACCUGCCGUGCUCUUUAUUGCAAAUGCAUUUUUUUUGCACUCAUUUCUGACAUUAUUGCAUUGUUAUCGCAGGCCUACUGCUCGCCUUUUUCUGUGCGACUAAGGGAGAGAAGAUGCAGAUUGACGAUGGAGGUGACAGCGGAGGAAUCCUGCUCAAAUCAAACACAGAGGCCCCAGGGGAGGAAGUGGUAAGGGUGUAGAGCUGAAAGCAGCGCAUUAGCUUAUACAGAGAAAAACUCCUUUUAUCCUUUACUAUUACCAUCAUAUGUUUUACGGUUGCUUCAUCCCUCUUAUAUUUUGUUUUUGCUCUACAGGAUGCAAAUCUCAUCAAUGUUCCCAUUACUACUGAUACAAUAGGGAAGGGCUCAGUAAAGGGGGUGAAUACAGCAUGGCCGGGGGGCAAGAGCACCAGCACGAUAGGAGGCAUGGGCACACAUGAAAAUGGGAUGUACAUGGAAAACAACAUCAUAACCAAUACUUAUGACCAAUUUGACGGCACCUAUGGAUCACAGUUCAAUGGAGGUCACAUGGUUGGCUCCGGUAUGGGCAUUGACAGCAGGUACAUGACCCAGGACUUCUCUUUUCUUCAGACAUGGGCGACAAAUGGCCGUUACCUGCAAACGGUAAAUAAACACUAUUUUUUUGCUUAUUUUUUAAAAAAACUUUUGAUGUGAAAUAUAAAAAGACAAAAAAAAACAAAACAUAUCGAAGAUUUCAAGUUAGCACCAAAAUUGGAUGAAAUUGAAUGUGUCCGGAUGUGAACACCUUUCAUUCUCUGAGGUUUAAUAACUCUGUUAUCUGUGAAAGCUCAGGAAAGCCUCAUGUGCAAUAUAAUCUUGUUCUCUAAGCUCUGAUAGUAUCCUAGGUAAACUUUAAUAUUUCUCAACUUCUUUGAAAGACACUUUUUUUUUUCUUACUUGCCAGCAAGAUGUUUGUUUUCAGUGUAAUAUCUGUCUGUCAGUCAUAUCCUUGCAGCUGUGUGUUAUCACAUGGUGCGGUAUUUUCCCCGCUUACACCACCAGGUAAUAACACACUUCCUCCCUCCUUGCUCUUUGUCUUGCAGAAGCUACCCUAUCUUGGAACAGAGGACGACGGGCGCUUCGCAAAUGACAUCAUCCACUCUUACGGAUAUGAGGGGGCGGGCUCUUUGGCCGGCUCUGUUGGGUGCUGCAGUGACUUUGGGGACAAUGAAAACCUGGACUUCCUUAACACUCUAGGUCCAAAGUUCAAAGGUCUGGCAGAAACCGCCAAGAAGACAUGAACAAUGAGCUCCAGAAAUAAUGGUUUUGACUUUUCAAGGGGCAGGAUGCAGAGAAGCCUGGAAGGUGAAUGUCUGGUUAGCCCCUGAACAUGAAUGAAACAGACAAGCAGGUGGCGUCAAUGUGUGCCCACUGCUAUUGCUCUUUGUUUUGAGAACAUUUUUUUGGCUUUUUAAUUUUUUUUUUCUCGGUUAAGUCGUUUGCACUGAAAGCUAUGCCUAUGCAGUAAGUUGUACAUAUUUGUGUUGUGUUGUGUGUUAUGUGUUGUUUGCCUUUAGAUUUUUUUUAUUCAUCAGCUGUCCCUGCACAUCAGAAGGCGGCAGGGGCUGGUUUUACAGGUUCAGUGUGGUAGUUGUGAUUUAAGUAACGCCAAGGGUUUUCUAUCAAUAACAGCUGUGGGUAUUUUAGUGGUAUUGUUGAUAGUCCUUGUUCACCGUAACGAUGGAUUUCGCCUUUUUCUGACUAAUUUGAAAUGUCUGUUUUUGUGCUUUGUAAAUAUUUUUUAAAGAAAGCUAAAAUAAAGAAACAACAUGAAACACGACCAGAA